AACACCUUUUCUUGGAACCUGGUUUCCAACAACCUCCAUCCAAUUUUUGUUUGCCUUGGUUACAUACCAAUCCCCAAAAGACCAAAAUAACCUCCAUUCCUCUCCGUAUUUUCAAAACACGUGACACGCAACUUUCAUUUUCAGAAGAUCAAACACCAGAACCCUAGCGCAGAGAGAGAUGGAAAACGCAGGGGAAGAAGAAGAACAGGACGGUCUCUCUGUGCAUUCUCCCGGCCAAGCUCCUCCAUCUUCUGCUUCUUCUCUCCCCAAGGAACAUUCACAGGUGGAGUUGGAAUUGAGAGUCUUGGAAGCUCUGGAAAUCUAUCCUCCUUCCAAAUUACAAGGUAUCCAUCGCCAUUUUGUCCUUUAUGGUCUGAUGGAAUUUUUGAGGAGGAGCUUUGGUAGGAACUUCUCCCCUGAUGAGGUUUUGCAGUUACUCGAUCGUUUCUUCAAUUUAGAAAUGCUGCUCAUCUUGCUGUGGGACCCACUUGGCCACUUCAUAAAUGGCCCUAUUCUCAGACACAAUACAUUUUCUCCUUGUUGGCACGUGGGUAGCAAGGCUGCUUCACCUUUUCACCUUGGUUCUGAAAAUUGGUUACCAUACAACUGUGGCAGCUUGCUUUCUUUGGAAUAUGGGAAUGAGGGUGGUGUUCUCCCGGAAGAACAUGACUUUUCAACCAUCUAAACCGGACGAUGAGGAGAUGGAAACCCUGAAUCAAGAGGAGGAUUUCACCUUGCCACAGAAUUUCUUCAUCAAGGAAGAAUUAUAACUUAGUAUAUUCCCUUCUGUUUGUAUCACCAUUAUCAAUUCCUUCAACUAUCGGUUGUCAUUGUUACAAAUAAGAUUGGAUCCAUCUGUGUACAAUGCAGUACUUUUGGUUGCCACAUAAUUUUUAUGCAGCCCAAAAUAUCUUUUCUUGGGUA